AUGCUCUGCAUGCAAGCUGUUGCAUGGAGGAACAUAAGCGAGAGAAAGCAGAAUUUUAUGAACUGUCAACAAUACGUUGGAGAACUCAUACCCAAAUUCCCUGUAGAGUUUGACAAAGACUGGCUGGUGGCAGUUGAAGAGCGGCCUGAAUUGGGAGUGGUGUUGCCAGAGUGGAAUGAUAAACGGACCAAGCUUCGAGAGGCGAUGCAGAAUGACUACACUCGGGUGAAGGUGGUAGACUGGGCAAGUCAGAUUCAUGCGGACAGACAUUUCUCCAGCACGCACGUAUUGUUUGACAACUAUGUAUCGUCUGUCAGAGUGCCAAAUGUGACCCCUGAAGAACAUUUCACCCCCAAAUUCCGAGGGCCAAAUUUGUCACUUGGAAACAUCACACUCCAGAUUGUCAAGGCCAGUCAAUGUCAAGUCAAUGUUGAAAUUGAGGGUGGUGAUAACUCAGAGGCAUUCACUUGUCUCCAUUUCUACUCACACCUCGUCUACUCAUUUGUGGCUCCAUUGGGGUUUCAAACUGGAAUUGAUGGUUCUGUUGGGGAUGUCUCUGUCAGGGUGUUUGACAUUGAGAUUGAAGGCGCCACAGGGGAUGUUUCCGUCGGGGUGUUUGACAUUGAAAUUGAAGGUGCCGCGGGGGAUGUCACCGUCGGGGUGUUUGAGGUUCAGAUUGAAAGCGCUGCGGAGGAUGUCGCCGUCAGGGUGUUUGACAUUGAAAUUGAAGGUGCUGCGGGGGAUGUCUCCAUCGGGGUGUUUGUCAUUAAAAUUGAAAGCACCGCGGAGGAUGUUGCCGUUGGGGUGUUUGAGGUUGAGAUUGAAGGCGCCGUGGGGGAUGUCUCUGUUGGGGUGUUUGACAUUGAAAUUGAAGGUGCCGCGGGGGAUGUCACCAUCAGGGUGUUUGUCAUUAAAGUUGAAAGCACCGCGGAGGAUGUUGCUGUCGGGGUGUUUGAGGUUGAGAUUGAAGGCAUGUCGGCAAUGGCCCCAUCAGGGUGUUUGACAUUGAAAUUGAAAACAUGA